AUGUGCCGUGCCCAAGACCUUCGACUGCAGCUGCUGGAGCCGGAGAAGUUCCCUCAUCUGUACAAAUGUCUAUACGGUCUCUUGAUGCUUCUCCCACAAUCCUCGGCCUUCGCUGCCCUCAAGAACCGCCUGAACGCUGUCAGCUCCAUCGGCUACCUUCACAUUGCUCCCAAAGUCUCAACCUACGACAGGCCGAACAGACUCAAGAGCCGGGAAGACAGCAUCAUCCGAUGGAAUGAGCUGCUUGAAAAGUUUCGGACCGUGCAAGAAAGGGCCAGGCGAGCCCAGAGACAUUCUGGCGACGUCGAUGACGGUCGAAGCAGCCUUGGAGUCGCAGAUCUGCGCCUAGGGGAUGGUCUUGAGACGAAAGGCCCCAAAGAGGCACGUAAUCCAAGUGGGCCACCGGUCCCCAUCAAGGACCCCCUUCCUCCAGCUGUACCGCCGGCGGUCAAGAGGUCGGGUCUCGGGAUGAGGCAGAUUAGAAACCUGGGAGGCGCAGUCAGGGGAAAGCGGCCCGGUUAA